CUCCAGCCAGCUGCUCUAAUGUUAAAGAAAAGCAAAAGGAACAUACGUCACUGGCUGCUAGCUUACCGACAGCAACCUACUAUGAUUCAUUAUUUUGGCAAGUGAAUUAGAGAUAGUAAUGUUUUAUUUAGAAGUUCCGUACAACUUUAGCAAUACGCGGAGGUCAUGUUUCACAGGACUUCACCAGGGGGACAUCACCUAUAUUAGGAAUACACAGUGACAUCAAAGCUUUGGAUCACCAGAAAAUUCAGUCACCUGGAACAUGUUGAGAACAGGUCACUUAUUGGUUACAUGAAGCUAUGAAUUCUUCAUCAGUUCAUUCAUUCAACAAAUAUAUGUAUUAAGUAUUUGAAAUCUCUCCCCAAGCUGUCUACUUACUGCUGCAAUUUCAUCAUUAGAUGAAAUUAGAGAGUCAUCUGAGAAACUACUACAAGGAAAGAUCGGGGAUGAAGAAAACACUGUUCCUGUCACCUAAGAACUUAAAAUCUGGACACAGACUUGUAACCACAAAGGCUCUUAUUUCCUGGGCACCUCCUUGGUCAGGCAGGAGGCUGUGUUCUUCACACCAUGAUUUGUCAUCCUCACACUAUCUCUACGGCCCAGAGGCUCCGAGACUCGUUGACUCACCAGUGCAUCGCGUUCUAGAGGCAGAAGUACAAAAUCACGUUAUUCAAGCCAUCCCUGAUGUCUUGUGGAAGCCCGAUGUUUGGACCACAUCAACAGGUUUUCCUGAUUUCUCACUUCUAUGUGGUUUGAUCUGUGAGGACUCCCAACAGUAUCAGAGAGGAGAGCACAAACACAGUAAGAAGGAAGCCAUCUGCAAGCCAGGAAGAGAGAUUUUACCAGAAACAAAAUUGGCUGACAUGUUUAUCUCAAGACUUCCCAGCCUCUGGAACUGUGAGAAAAUAAGUUUCUCUUUUUUAAAUCACCCAGUCUAUAGUAUUUUGUUCUGGCAGCUGAAGCUGACUAAGACAGUAGGUGUCUCUAUAGGACACUCUUUUCAGGCUUUUGUAACAAUUCCCUGACUUGUCACUUCAGACUUGUGGACAAUUAACAGCCCCACAACGCCUCUUCAUUUCCCUCAUGGGCACACAUUUUUAUCAACAGUCUCUCUGUUUAGCCCUUCUUUUUUAUCCUAUUUUUAAGCAUGUCAUCUUUUUCCCGUAGGGCCUCGACUGACUCAAUAACUCUAGAUUUCAUGUGAAAGAUGAAAUGAAUAAUGUAGGAAAUUAAAGGCAGGGGGACUGGUUCAGAUCCUUUCUCUUCUAAUAAGUAUUUCCUGAGCACCUGCCUCAUUCCAGGCACCAUUCUACAACAGGCUAGGAGAGAGACAAAGUCCCUGUUUCCGGGAGUUUCCAUUUCAGUAUGGGAGAUAAAUAAUAAAUAAGUAAACAAAUAAAUGAGGCAAUUUCAGGCUGUAACCUGAGCCCUUCCAGAAGUACACAGUGUGAUGAGAUGGGAAUAAAACGGUUGAGCAUGCUUUAGAUAGGUUGAUCCAAAAGGCCUUGGAGAAGAUGACAAAAAAAGAGAUUAAGAAGCUAAAAUCAAUA